AACACUUCCGGAUUCAAAACUAGUGACAUCUGGUGGAAAUAUUUCUGUUUGUAAACAAAAACUUCUGUGUUUCAAUAUUGUUUCCUAUUUAAAAGUAUUUCGAUAUAGCGAGUUUGAAACAUAACAAGACGUUGUUUUGAGAUGUUGCAUGUGCAAAUAUUCAUAUUUUUCAUCAUUUUAAGCACAGAAAUUAACGGGAAAAAGAUGUACAUGCGUGUUCACCAUCGGCAGCAUUAUGAGAUUAUAAAUGAAUUCGAAGAACAGCAAUUUGUCAGACUGAGACCUGGUGGUCAUUUAAAACGUGAACUGGACGAUUACUUUAGCUCACUUGAGAAAAAGACCACCCAAGAUGAUGGAGACCAGGAACUAGAAAAAGAACUCAGGAAUAUACCAAUGGCACCUGUAGACGGUUCUAAGCCACACCCUUUUGUUAAAAUAACCCGUAAACAUAAAACAGGGAAACCAUGGCAUUCUUUUCUCACAGAAAAACUUAAAAGAAUCAAACACUACAUUGCAAGCAAAUUAUUUUCCAGAGAAAAUUCCACUCGAACCAAUGACCAACAAGAUAACAACUACCAUACGACAGAAAUCAACAUAACAGAUGAAAACAGCACAGUAAUAAGGCAUAAUGAUACGAGAGAUUUGCUCGAAAAAAUAUUGAGGGUUAAAAGAUCCAAAAACUAUGUAGACGCUAAUGAGGGCUGGGAACUUCAAUAUUCAACAACAGCGAAACCUGCUUCAAAUAAAGAUUCUCUUCAGAUAGGGAUCGACGCCAACGACAUCAAAGGAGCAGACAAGUCUCAAAUAAAGUUCAUACUAAAAAUGAUUUUUGUGACUCUUGGAUCAAUUUUGUUGAUCUCUCUAAUAGCAUACUGUUUUAUCAAAGAUCCAAAGACGUGUAUUAUAGCGUUUGGGUCUGGUUGUCCGUGUUUAUUAUAUAUGUGUCCGUGUUUAAUGAACCAGCUAAAAAUGUAUUUGGAACCGAACAAAAUUGUGCAGGAUCAAAUGAACACGUAUAUGCCAGGUUUGAUCAUACACGAGGACGGGAAACUUGAAAACUAUAAACCAACACCGGAAGAAAUGGAAUGUAUCUUGGAUAUUGUUGAUAUUAUUGUUGAUAAAUAAAUUAUUUUCGUUUA